GGCAGCGGGGCUUGAUGCCACUGUCCCGGGGGCCAACCGGGACGUGUGGGGGGAGCCGCAUGGUCGGCUGCCGGUGAUGCGGCACUGCAAGGCGGCGUCGAGCGUGGAAAUUGCGAUCCCCAUCUUCCACUUCUACACCAUGCACUACGACCGGCGCUACCUGGCAACCAUGCAGCGACUCAACCGCGAACGCCCCUGGGCGGACCGCAAGCAGGCGGCAUUCGCAGCGGGCAUCAACUACCACCGUUACCAGGCCCUGCCCUCCACCCUGAAACACUGGGACGGGAUGCGAGCGGGGCAAAAGGUUGAGUUGGUGCGCACGUCAUUCUCCGACUACCUAACCCGGGAGCUGCGGCACCCCAACAUCUCCUACCUGGACGAGCUGCGGGCGCUGCGAGACUGGGCGGAAUACCGCAUGGUGAUGCAUGUGGAUGGCAUCACCUGCUCCUCCCGCGUCUGGCAGCUGCUGGCACUGGGCUCUGUCGUACUUCGCGAGCAGUCGGGGUACUUCGCCUUUUACGACAAACUGCUGACAAAGUUCGUCCACUACGUACCCUUCUGGACGCACCGACCACGGGAGGUGCUGUGGGCAUACAACUGGGUGGCCGCCAACCCGGUUGAGGCCCAGCAGAUCGCUGCGCGGGGGCAGGCCUUCGCCGCCUCCCACCUGAACCAGCAGGCCGUGGAGUGCUUCUGGCUGCUGCUGCUGCGGCGCUACGCGGGGCUUCUGAGGUUCACGCCCGGGAGGCGGACGGAAGCAGCGGGAGGGGGAGCAGGAGGAGGAGGAGGGGGAGAGAGGGAGGAGGAGUUGAAGCUGAUGCCGAUAGAUGACUGGAUUAAGGCGCAGGAGGGCCGUGUCGACAGCUGGGCCCCCGACGCGGUGGCUCAGCGCCCCGCCUCCCUCGACCUGCUGCCGGAUACCCCAAUGACAUAACUCAGCACGUGAUGUGAUAGGGAGAUGUAUGACGUGGCGUGGCGUGAUGUGACAGGGGGUGACACUCUUGACGUGGCACACCCGGUGGGGGUUGGGUGAUUAUGCGUGUCGUGCAAUACUGCCGUGUGAUGCCGUGAUUGCAAAAUCACACGAGUGGUGGUGGCGGGGAGGCGCCGAUGGUCUCGUGCUGUCUGCUGCCCGCUUUCCUCAUGGCUUCUGUAAGGGACCCUAGGCUUUGCAGGCUGGGCAUGAUACGCCUUGUCGGAUUGAUAUGCUGUACCUUGGGCACAGACGUGAAGGAGGGCUGGUUGGUUGGUGUUUGCGGGAUGCAGCUGGUGGGACGGCCGCGGAAGGUGU